AUGGCCCCACACCCCGAUGAGAGCCAGAAUCUGGCUCUCGAGCUUGCGGAUGGCUACGUCUGCUUUGGCAGGAGCUUUGGUGCGGAGAAGAGCAUUGCAGGAGAAUUGGUCUUCCAGACUGGUAUGGUGGGUUAUCCCGAGUCGAUAACUGACCCGUCGUACCGCGGCCAGAUUCUGGUCAUCACAUUUCCUCUGGUCGGCAACUACGGUGUGCCCUCGCGCGAAGACCUCGAUGCGCUUGCCCAGGACAUUCCCGCCCAUUUUGAGGCGCGAGAGAUCCACAUUGCUGGUCUCGUCGUCCAGACAUACGCCGGAGAGGAUUUCUCUCACUACAUGGCCACCUCUUCAUUGGGCGCAUGGCUCAAGGAGCAGGGCGUGCCUGCCAUCACUGGCGUUGAUACCCGCGCUCUGACAAAGCGCAUCCGUGAGGAAGGAAGCAUGCUUGCGCGCUUGAGACAGCGAACGGACCCGUCCCCUACUGCCACAGCUCUCACCAACGGCGCUGUCGAUACUGCAGCGCUCGCUGACGGCGAGGUCGAGGACUGGAGCAGCGCCUUCGAGGAGAUCGAAUGGGUCGAUCCCAACAAGAAGAACUUGGUUGCUGAAGUCUCCAUCAAGGAACCCAGACUCUUCUCUCCCGACCCCUCCACGGCCCUUAAGCACCCUUCUGGCCGUCCCGUCCGUGUAGUAACCGUUGAUGUCGGUCUCAAGUAUAAUCAGCUGAGAUGUUUCCUGCGAAGGGGUGUUGAGGUGCUGCAGGUCCCAUGGGACUACAACUUCCCUGAGCUUGCUGGCAAGGACUACGAUGGUCUCUUCAUCUCCAACGGUCCCGGUGACCCAGCCAAGAUGGAGGCUACCGUCAAGCACAUCAAGGCCGCCAUGGAUGAGGCACGAACACCCAUCUUUGGUAUCUGUCUUGGUCACCAACUGCUAGCACGAGCAUCUGGCGCAGAGACCCUCAAGAUGAAGUUCGGUAACCGCGGUCACAACAUUCCUUGUACCAGCAUGAUCACCGGCAAGUGCCACAUCACAUCGCAGAACCACGGUUUCGCAGUCGACUCGAAGACUCUCUCCAACGGCUGGGAGGAGCUCUUCGUUAAUGCCAACGACGGCAGUAACGAGGGUAUCCGCCACGUUAGCCGACCCUACUUCAGUGUGCAAUUUCACCCCGAGCACACCCCCGGUCCUCGCGACACCGAAUACCUUUUCGACGUGUUCAUCAGCACAAUUCAGAAGUCCAUUGCGUCGUCUGAGACCAUGAUGCAACCCGUCGAGUUCCCCGGCGGACUGAAGGAGGACAACGAGAAGCUGACACCCCGUGUCGAGGUCAAGAAGGUCCUUGUCCUCGGUUCUGGUGGUCUCAGUAUUGGUCAGGCUGGAGAGUUCGACUACUCUGGAAGUCAGUGUAUCAAAGCUUUGAAGGAAGAGGGCAUCUACACCAUCCUCAUCAACCCCAACAUUGCCACGAUCCAGACCUCGAAGGGCCUUGCCGACAAGGUCUAUUUCCUCCCUGUCAACGCCGACUUCGUCCGCAAGGUCAUUCAGAAGGAGCGCCCUGACGGUAUCUACGUGACUUUUGGCGGUCAGACUGCUCUUCAAGUUGGUAUCCAGCUGAAGGACGAGUUCGAGGGUCUUGGCGUCAAGGUUCUCGGAACACAGAUUGAUACCAUCAUCACCACCGAGGACCGAGAACUCUUUGCUCGUGCCAUGGAGUCCAUUGGCGAGAAGUGCGCUCAGUCUGCCUCCGCUAACAACACAGAGGAGGCCAUGCACGUCGUAAAGGACAUUGGCUUUCCUGUUAUCGUCCGCGCAGCCUUUGCUCUUGGUGGACUUGGCAGUGGGUUUGCAAACAACGAGCAGGAGUUGCACGAGCUGUGCAACAAGGCAUUUGCUGUCAGCCCUCAGGUGCUCAUUGAGCGCAGUAUGAAGGGCUGGAAGGAGAUCGAGUACGAGGUCGUCCGCGACUGCCGCGACAACUGCAUCACUGUUUGUAACAUGGAGAACUUCGACCCUCUCGGUAUCCAUACGGGUGACUCCAUUGUCGUUGCUCCUUCCCAGACCCUGUCUGAUGAAGACUACAACAUGCUCCGCACCACAGCUGUCAACGUCAUCCGCCAUCUCGGCGUCGUUGGAGAGUGCAACAUUCAGUAUGCGCUGAACCCUUUCUCCAAGGAGUACUGCAUCAUCGAAGUCAACGCUCGUCUGUCGCGUUCGUCUGCACUAGCCUCCAAGGCCACAGGUUACCCUCUCGCAUUCGUCGCUGCCAAGCUCGGUCUUAAUAUCCCCUUGAACGAGGUCCAGAACUCGGUCACUCGCUCGACUUGUGCCUGCUUCGAGCCCUCGCUUGAUUAUGUCGUUGUCAAGAUUCCCCGCUGGGACUUGAAGAAGUUCACUCGUGUCUCCACCCUUCUAGGUUCCUCUAUGAAGAGUGUCGGAGAAGUGAUGGCUAUCGGCCGAACAUUCGAAGAGGCCAUCCAGAAAGCUAUUCGUGAGGUCGACCCUAGCAACAUGGGUUUCAACGAGACCGCCGCUCUUAUGUCGAUUGACCAGGAGCUUCAGACGCCCUCUGAUCAGCGUCUAUUCGCUAUCGCUAACGCGAUGAAGUCUGGCUACACUGUUGACAAGAUCUGGGAGCUGACCAACAUCGAUAAGUGGUUCCUCAGCCGUCUCAAGUCGCUCAGCAACUUCGAGAUCUCCAUGCAGAACUACAACACUGCCGGUGUCACUUUGCCACUUCUUAAGAAGGCCAAGGAGCUCGGUUUCUCCGAUCGCCAACUGGCCAAGUUCUGGGGUUCCAACGAGCUUGCUGUCCGUCGCAUGCGCGUUGACUACAACCUUUUCCCGGUUGUCAAGCAGAUCGAUACCGUUGCUGCCGAGUUUCCUGCCCACACGAAUUAUCUUUACCUGACCUACAAUGGUACCGAGAACGAUCUCGACUUCAAUGACAAGGGUAUUAUGGUCCUUGGUUCCGGUGUCUACCGCAUUGGAUCCUCCGUCGAGUUCGAUUGGUGCUCGGUCCGUGCCAUUCGCACUCUUCGUGAGAAUGGAUACAAGACCGUCAUGAUCAACUACACCGAGAACCCUGAGACUGUAUCCACCGAUUAUGACGAGGCCGACCGUCUGUACUUCGAGAAUAUUUCUCUCGAGACUGUGCUUGACAUCUACACCAUUGAGCAAUCGAGCGGUGUCGUCAUUAGUGUCGGCGGUCAGACGCCUAACAAUAUCGCUCUGCCUCUCCACCGCAUGAAUGUCAAGAUCCUCGGUACUUCUCCUGAGAUGAUUGACACUGCCGAAAACCGAUACAAGUUCAGCCGUAUGCUUGAUCGUAUCAACGUCGACCAGCCCGCAUGGAAGGAGCUUACCAGCAUUGAGGAGGCCAAGGAGUUCUGCGACCGCGUCUCCUACCCUGUGCUCGUACGCCCAUCAUACGUUCUAUCCGGUGCCGCAAUGAACACGGUCUACUCCGAGCACGACUUGGCCAACUACCUCAACCAGGCUGCCGAUGUGUCCAAGGAUCACCCGGUCGUCAUUACGAAGUACAUCGAGAACGCCAAGGAGAUCGAGAUGGAUGCCGUCGCACGAAACGGUACCAUGAUCGGCCACUUCAUCUCCGAGCACGUUGAGAACGCUGGUGUCCACUCCGGUGACGCUACUCUUGUUCUGCCUCCUCAGGACCUGUCCCCGGAGACCAUCCGCCAGAUUGAGGAUGCCACUCGCAAGAUUGGUCAGGCACUCAACAUCACUGGUCCAUAUAACAUCCAGUUCAUCGCGAAGGACGACGAGAUUAAGGUCAUUGAGUGCAAUGUUCGCGCUUCGCGAUCCACUCCUUUCGUCUCCAAGGUCAUGGGCGUCGAUCUGAUCGAGAUGGCCACCAAGGCCAUGGCCGGCCUUCCAGUUGAGGAGUACCCUGCCACCAACAUCCCCAGGGACUACGUCGGUGUCAAGGUACCUCAGUUUUCGUUCUCUCGUCUUGCUGGUGCCGAUCCCGUUCUCGGUGUCGAGAUGGCCUCCACUGGUGAGGUAGCCUGCUUCGGUCGCGACAAGUACGAGGCCUACAUCAAGGGUCUGAUCGCCACUGGCUUCAGGCUGCCCAACAAGAACAUUCUGUUCUCCAUCGGUUCUUUCAAGGAUAAGCUAGAGAUGCUGCCUUCUAUCCAAAACUUGCACAAGAUGGGCUACAAACUGUUCGCUACCGCUGGUACUGCAGAUUACAUCCAGGAGCACAACCUCCCAGUCAAGUUCCUCGAAGUACUGCCGCCCGGCGAGCACGAUGAACAGAAGUCAGAGUACUCCCUGACACACGCUCUGGCGAACAACUUGAUCGAUUUGUACAUCAACUUGCCUUCCAGCAACCGCUUCCGACGACCUGCCAACUACAUGUCCCGGGGCUACCGCACUCGUCGUAUGGCUGUCGACUACCAGACUCCUCUCGUGACCAACGUCAAGAACGCAAAGCUUCUGGUCGAGGCUAUCGCCCGUCACUACGACCUUGCCAUCAGUCAGGUCGAUUUCCAGGAAUUUGUCCCUGAGCGUGAUGCUCAAGAUGACCAUUACGGCCAACUGUCUAAGAGCGGUUCCUUAUCUUUGCCUCAAUUGCUGGCCAAGUCCCCCUUCAAACGCAAGCACAUUACAUCCGUCAAGCAGUUCAGCCGCGCUGAUCUCCACUUGCUGUUCACAAUCGCCCAGGAGAUGCGUCUUGGUGCUCAAAAGCAGGGGUGUCUCGACAUCCUCAAGGGUCGCGUUCUCUGCACCAUGUUCUUCGAGCCUUCCACACGUACCUCUGCAUCUUUCGACGCGGCCAUGAAGCGCCUCGGUGGUGAGGUCGUAGCCAUCAACGAGUCGGUCUCUUCAACCAAGAAGGGUGAGUCCAUCGCUGACACCAUCCGCACUCUGGGAUGCUAUGGCGACGCCAUCAUCCUCCGCCACCCCCACGAAGAUUCGAUCGACAUCGCCGCCAAGUUCUCCAGUGUCCCCGUCAUCAAUGCCGGUAACGGUAGUCGCGAGCACCCUACUCAGGCUCUUCUUGACAUCUUCACCAUCCGUGAAGAGCUCGGAUCAGUCAACGGUCUCACCAUCACCUUCGUCGGUGAUCUUAAGUAUGGUCGCACGGUCCACUCUCUCUGCGAGUUGCUGUCCCACUACGACUGCCAGGUCAACCUUGUUUCACCUGACUCUCUCAAUAUGCCAAGCUCUGUCCGUGAGGCUCUCAAGUCUCGUGGCCAGCUGAAGAUUGUGUCGAACGAGCUUACAGAGGAGAUCAUCGCCUCUUCUGACGUUCUGUACUGCACUCGCGUGCAGAAAGAGCGCUUCCCUGACGAGGCCACCUACGAGAAGGUCAAGGACUCGUUCGUCAUCGACAACAAAGUCCUUAAGCAGGCGAAGACCAACAUGAUCGUCAUGCACCCUCUGCCAAGGAACAACGAGAUUCACGAGGAGGUGGACUUUGACCCCAGGGCGGCAUACUUCAGACAGAUGAGGUACGGAUUGUACACUCGCAUGGCGUUGCUUGCUAUGGUCAUGGCUCCGUAA